AUGCCCACUCUCACUCACGCUUUGCAGUAUCGACAGCAAUCACGUCCCCGACAUCGAUACCAGAUGAUUCCAUCCAAGAACGGCAACAUAGUCGCUACCAGCUCGCCUACCGGCUCUGUGGUAGAUGAGCGCUACGAAGCGUUCGAUGGAGCACAAGAUCGCGAGCGCUUAUCGUGGGAGAAGCAGGCGGUUGUCGAUCUAAAGCCUUCACUACAUCGCGAUACAUACAUUGGAGCGCUUUUGUUUAACACCUGCGCCUUCAUCUUGCCAGCUCUCUAUAGCACCUUGUCGAAGCUAUGGGUUGCGAACAUCGAUUCAUCCAUGGUAGUCACUACAGACACGUACACAUACAUCGGCGUUGUCGCAGAAGUCUUGAACGAAGGUCUACCGCGUGCUUCCUACCUCGUCAUCGGCGACAAGUCCAGUCGUGGUUUCCGUGAGCGCUUGCAGCUCACUCACACUCUUAUCCUCUUCCAAUCACUCCUCGGGCUUAUCAUGAGUAUCGGAUUCGUCGCAGGCGCCUCUACUUUCGCGCAAGGUUUUGUUCCAGUCGAGGUUAGAGAUGUGAGCGUCACGUAUAUUCGCAUCUCUGCGUUCUCUGCAUUCAGUUCGGCAGUAGAGUAUGCGAUUUCAACGUCAACUCGCGCGCUGGAUAAGCCUGAUGUCCCACUUGUUAUCAGUUCCGUUAAGUUCGCUGUCAAUAUCGUUCUCGACUUGAUCAUCAUCUCGACGUUUCACUGA